AUGCAGAUUUUGCGAGAUGCCUACUUUCACCCUGAUCUCCAAGUUUAUCAAGCUAGACCCGGGUAUAAAUCGAGUUACCUUCCGGCUUCGGAAGGCCUCGCCAGCACGUGCGACGCCAGCGUCGGGGAAGCUCGGAAACGCUCACGAGGUGUAAACAGACCAUUCCUCAAAUUCACCGGAAAAACUAUCCUCGUUUCUCCCCUCUUCUUCGCCGCCUACUACGCCUACAGAGUCUACGAUGAGACCAAUCCGGGCCCGCAGCAGCCACAGACCGCUACACACGCCUCUGGUAACAGAAAAAAGACCCUUGUCAUCUUGGGCUCCGGCUGGGGUGCCAUCUCCAUCUUGAAGAACCUCGACACCACGCUCUACAACGUCGUUGUGGUUUCCCCGCGUAACUACUUUCUCUUUACACCGCUCCUUCCGUCCUGCCCUACCGGCACCAUCGAGUACAGAUCCAUCAUUGAGCCAGUGAGAACCGUUGCAAAGAGAAGACCGGGCGAGGUUACCUACUACGAAGCCGAAGCCACCGAUAUCGACGCUACCAACAACAAACUCACGCUCAAGCAGACGCUCGGCAGCGACGCCGUCAAGGCUCACGGCGAGGACACGUUAACGGUCACGCUUGACUACGACUAUUUGGUGGUCGGUGUGGGGGCACAACCAAACACGUUCGGGAUUCCCGGUGUGUUGGAAAACUCGUGUUUCUUGAAGGAGCUUCCAGACUCCCAGAAGAUCAGAAAGCAGUUUAUGGACUGCAUCGAGACCGCUACGUUGCUUCCAAAGGGCUCUGCCGAGCGCGCGAGAUUGCUUAGAACCGUUGUUGUUGGCGGUGGCCCAACCGGCGUGGAGUUUGCGGCUGAAUUGCAGGACUAUAUCGAUGGGGACAUCCGCAAGUGGAACCCGGAAAUCGCCGCUGAAUUGAAGGUCACCUUGGUCGAGGCGCUUCCUAACGUGCUCAACAUGAUGAACAAGAAAUUGAUUGACUACACCGAGGGGGUUUUGCGGGACCUGGGCAUUGAGCUCAUGACCGGCGCUAUGGUCAAGAAGGUUGACGAGAACGAAGUCCACGCGGCGAUCAAGCAGGAGAACGGGGAGUUGAAGUUGGUUGACGUUCCGUACGGGUUGCUUGUCUGGGCCACCGGUAACGGUACCAGAGACAUUGUCAAGAACUUGUCAUCUAAGAUCCCGGAACAGAAGAAUGCCACCAGAGGCUUGUUGGUCAACGAGUGCAUGAUGUUGCAGGGCUCCAAGAACAUCUUUGCCCUCGGUGACUGUACCUUCACCAAGAAUCCGCCGACCGCCCAGGUCGCGCAGCAGGAAGGCCAGUACCUCGCGAGUGCAUUGGAGGUUUUGGCCCGGGUCGAUGACUUGGAGUACCAGUUGUACAGCACCGAAAUUGCGGGGAUCGAGAAGGAGCGUGUCCAGCGCCGGUUACACAGAGAGCAGAAGGCUAUCCAGCCGUUCAAGUACCAGCAUAUGGGUGUGUUGGCGUACAUCGGCUCCGAGAGAGCCGUCGCCGAUCUCGUCUGGGGUGACCAGAGCUUCUUCAAGAACCUCAACAACAUUUCUGUCGGCGGGACCUUUACCUUUUUCUUCUGGAAGUCUGCGUACGUUCAGAUGUUGUUGAGCACCAAGAAUCAGGUGUUGGUUACCGUUGAUUGGAUCAAGGUAGCGUUGUUCGGGAGAGACGUCUCCAAGGAGUAG